ACUUCCGGGAGAUCCAGGAAGUCGCCUGUCUCCGGCGGGAGGCGGGGUUGUCCCCGCACGCCGCGGGCUGCAGGCGCACAGACUGAACCCUGCUACCUGCAGAGUGCAUCCGGGCGGGACACUGUGGCUGCAGGUCUGAGACGAGGGUCCCCGAGGCUGCGGCUGUGAGCCCGGGAGGUGGCCAUUCCUUCCUGGAGUGCUUGGGCAGAGGGCGUGCACGUCGGGCCUGUGGGUAGCCACCCUGCUCUUCCCUGGGCUGUGUCUCUGACCGCCGUCUCAGUAGGAAGGGCAGCCCAGGUGGCCGCUGCCAUGGCCUUUCCCCAUCGGCCGGACGCCCCUGAGCUGCCUGACUUCUCCAUGCUCAAGAGGCUGGCCCGAGACCAACUCAUCUACCUCCUGGAGCAGUGGGAGCCGUAGGAAACACACAUCACCACAAGGGAUCAGGCGGCAACUGAGUGAGGGCUCGGGACCCUAGGAGUCAGAGCGGUCAGCUCUAGCUGGGGAGAGUGCGGGGGAUUCUAGUUGCUGGAGAGCAUGCUUCGUUCAGAUGGACUGGGGGAGCCUCGCUGAACACCCAGCUUCCUGGAAAAAAAGAUUUGUUCAUCGAGGCAGAUCUCAUGAGCCCUUUGGAUCGAAUUGCCAACGUGUCCAUCCUGAAGCAACACGAAGUGGACAAGCUGUACAAGGUGGAGAACAAGCCAGCCCUCAGCUCCAGUGAACAGUUGUGCUUCUUGGUGAGACCCCGCAUCAGGAACAUGCGAUACAUUGCCAACCUCGUCAAUGCUGACAAAGUGGCUGGCCGAACUCGGAAGUACAAGGUGAUCUUCAGCCCUCAGAAGUUUUACGCGUGUGAGAUGGUGUUGGAGGAAGAGGGGAUCUAUGGAGAUGUGAGCUGUGAUGAAUGGGCCUUCUCUUUGCUGCCUCUUGAUGUGGAUCUGCUGAGCAUGGAGCUGCCAGAAUUUUUCAGGGACUACUUCCUGGAAGGAGACCAGCGCUGGAUCAACACCGUGGCUCAGGCUUUGCAUCUUCUCAGCACCCUCUAUGGGCCCUUUCCCAACUGCUAUGGCAUUGGCCGGUGUGCCAAGAUGUCCUAUGAAUUAUGGAGGCAACUGGAAGAGGAAGAAGAUGGUGAAACCAAGGGCCGAAGGCCAGAAAUUGGGCAUAUAUUUCUGCUGGACAGAGACGUGGACUUUGUCACGGCGCUUUGCUCCCAAGUGGUUUACGAGGGCCUGGUGGACGACACCUUCCGCAUCAAAUGUGGGAGUGUCGACUUUGGCCCUGAAGUCACAUCCUCGGACAAGAGCCUGAAGGUGUUGCUCAAUGCUGAGGACAAGGUGUUCAGUGAGAUCCGUAACGAGCACUUCUCCAAUGUCUUUGGCUUCCUGAGCCAGAAGGCCCGGAACCUGCAGGCCCAGUAUGAUCGCCGGCGCGGGAUGGACAUUAAGCAGAUGAAGAAUUUCGUGUCCCGCGAGCUCAAGGGGCUGAAGCAGGAGCACCGCCUGCUGAGUCUCCACAUUGGGGCCUGUGAGUCGAUCAUGAAGAAGAAAACCAAGCAGGACUUCCAGGAGCUGAUCAAGACGGAGCACGCACUGCUGGAGGGGUUCAACAUCCGGGAGGGCACCAGCUACAUCGAAGAACACAUAGACCGGCAGGUGUCACCUAUAGAAAGCCUGCGCCUCAUGUGCCUCUUGUCCAUCACCGAGAACGGUUUGAUCCCCAAGGAUUACCGGUCUCUGAAAACACAGUAUCUGCAGAGCUAUGGCCCUGAGCACCUGCUGACCUUCUCCAAUCUGCGGCGAGCUGGGCUCCUAACAGAGCAGGCCCCAGGGGACACGCUCACAGCCGUGGAGAGUAAAGUGAGCAAGCUGGUGACCGACAAGGCUGCCGGAAAGAUUACCGAUGCCUUCAGUUCUCUGGCAAAGAGGAGCAAUUUCCGAGCCAUCAGCAAAAAACUGAAUUUGAUCCCACGUGUGGAUGGCGAGUACGACCUGAAGGUGCCCCGGGACAUGGCGUACGUCUUCAGUGGAGCUUACGUGCCCCUGAGCUGCCGGAUCGUGGAGCUGGUGCUGGAGCGGCGAAGCUGGCAGGGCCUGGAUGAGGUGGUGCGGCUGCUGAACUGCAGCGAGUGUGCCUUCACAGACAUGGCCAAGGAGGACAAGGCUUCCAGCGAGUCCCUGCGCCUCAUCUUGGUGGUGUUCUUAGGAGGCUGCACGUUCUCUGAGAUCUCGGCCCUCCGCUUCCUGGGCAGAGAGAAAGGGUACAGGUUCAUUUUCCUGACGACAGCAGUCACCAACAGCGCCCGCCUUAUGGAGGCCAUGAGCGAGGUGAAGGCCUGAAGUCUCCGGGGACACGCUCCCCAGCUCGCUGCCGCCGCCUGCUCAGAGUGGGCCAGCCCGGCCACGCCGGGGACUUGGAGCGCCGAGCUUCCGGCCUGCGCCCGGGACCUUCCUCCUGUGUUCAGGGUGUACAGCCCAUGCUGCUAAGAUCUGAGGGGCAGAGGUAGCCUUUGCUAAAUCCUGUGUGAAUAUCACUGUAAAUAAAGCCUCUGCUCUCAAA